CAACCACUCCCGAUCGAUAAAUCAAUGGCUUAUCAGCUGGAAUUUUGAAGAAAUUUAAUACCUACUUGACUUUCUUUUAUCAUAACUUUUUUAUUUCUUAAAAUAUUUUUUUAUUUCAAUUAUAAAAAGAAAGCAAAUAAAAUUAUCUUUACAAUGAUGUAAAUAUGUGUAUAUUAUCGUUAAUAUGAAAAUCAGAACGUUUGUGUAAUCUCUGGGUGAUCGGUAUUUUUCACGCCUCUCGGCGGUCAUAAACGCUGCAGGUGUUUUAUUACGGUCAUGUGUUUUCAUCGUAAAUGCGACCUACAUACAUCUGUUGAACAUGAAUGAAUCACGCAUCAACUGAAAGCUGAUUGGAUAAGCUUUCUGAGGCUAUUUUUAUAUUUGUUGUGCGGUCACUCUGGAUCGCAAAAUAGUCCCUCUAAGUUGAAGCGAUUUUAACGCUUAAAUAUUUAGAAAUUCUGAUAAAUAGAAAAAUAUUAUUAAACUACAAAUUCCAAAGUUUUAUUUGAUAUAUAAAUUGUUUUUCUACGUUAAAGGUAAGUAUGUCGCAUCCCGCGCACGAAAAUGCCAAAAUGCAAAUUUGACCCGCGUGACCUGGCGGCCGCCAUUGUUGAUUUAACACCGUGAGAAAUUUUUUAUCGAUUGAGAUAAAGACGAAUGAAUUUUAUGUCUGCUAGUAGAAACCCUCAUAAAUAUGAUUGAUUUCGACAUAUUUCACUGUUCAAACUGAAGAUAAUGUUUAGCCUCUAGAGAUGGCUGCCUUGGGUGCAUUCUCUGAAUCUGCAGGCAUUACUGAGCAUCUAUUAGAAAAUGGCCCGCUUCCACUUAUAAACAACAUCCCAAAUGGACUCGCAAUUGAAAUAAAGAAUUACUGUGACAAAAGGGGAUAUACAACAGCACGCUUUGUAAAUAUACUAGCAAACAUCAACCCAUUAUUUGCUACAGCAUCAACAACAGCCAUUGUCAAUAAAUGUAACUAUGUGAAAAGUCAAAAAAAUAAACUUCUACACAAGAAAAAAGUGAAAGGAGUGAAAAAUGUAAAUGAAUUGAUGCAAAACUGUUUUCAGUGCCCACAAACAAAAUGUGAAGUAAAGUCCAUCCCUUCCCCUGAUCAAACUGUAUCCCCUAUUAAGCAUGUAACAUUGGAAACUAGGGCUGUGUCGCCUAGUAAAAAUGAACCGUCUGUAACUGAAAAAGUGAUUUCAUUAGCUACACAAACAGAUGUGACAGAAACAUUUUAUGAUGAAUUGAAAAAUUUCAAUGUUCUUACAUAUAAAACAAUUGUAAAGGAGAGAAAACUUGAAAAACUUACAUCAGAAAUCCAUAAAGGUAAAGAACAUUUGGAGAGUCUUAGGGGACACUAUUCAGUAAAAAAUGUCAACAAGAGGGAUCAAACAGCCAGACAAAAUGUGAAAAAACUUCGAAAUAAAGAAAGAAUUGUGAGACAAUUACAAGCCGAUCUAAAAUCAAAAUCUGCUGAAGUGGCUGGAUUAGCGUCACUGAAAAAUCAACAGAAUGAAAUCAAUAAAUUGAUUAGUGAAAAUGAAGACUUGAAACAUCAACUCAAACUUCUGACUGAGGCUGUAGACUUAGAGAAAUCAAAAAAAGUUGCACUCCAGAAAUCAAAUAGUUACCUGAAAACAGAACUGAAUCAUUUUAAAUCAAAGACAAAGGAUGCUAAUAAAUCAUGCAAUGAUAAUGAUUGUGAGGGCUGUGCUUCUAUACCUGAAAAAGUAAAACUACUGACAUUACAGCUUUCUGAAAAAGAACAUAUUAUCUAUGAAAUUGAGGAAAAACUUGACGAGUACAAGACAAAUAAUUUCCGUAUCAAAACAAAAAGUGACAAAGGUGUGUACACUCCAAAUGUAAGACUUUGUGUGAUGGAACUUGCUGCUCUAGAAGUUGCCACAGAAAAAAUGGCUCCUGUGAUUAAAUCAGUAAUAACACAUUUGACUGGAAGUGAAGUACAAGACUUACCAAACGGGACAACAUCACAAAAGAUUAUUGAUGAAGGCCACUAUUUAUGUAAAGCAUACAUUGCGGAACAGCUUGAACAGUCUAAACAUUGGGGUAUGGGUCGAGAUGGCACAACAAGGCGAAAACAGAAGAUUUUAGAUACGUCCAUUACAUUAGACUCUGGUGAAACUGUGACCCUUGGUUUUACACGAGUAGCACAGGAAACAGCAGAAACAAUUCAGACCGUAACAGAAAAACAUUUGGAUCAAUUAACAUCUGUGAAAAACAAUCCUGAAUAUUUAGCCGACACUCUCAGCAAAUUGACAUUUACAAUGAGUGACCGGGCAUCAAAUGAAAAAAAAGCUGACCGACUAUUAGAUGAAUGGCGCAGUGAGAUGCUUGCUGAAUAUUCUGGUGAAAAGGAGGAUGUUCUUCAUUUUCACUGUAUGGCACAUGUUUUGUUAGGCCUACAUAAUUACUCAACACCUGUGCUUAAGGACUUUGAGAAAUCACUGAAGUCCAAUGAUCCCAACUCUGAAAGUGAAAAAGUGUCUUUCUUCACUCCAUGGAAGUCUGAGUCAGUCACCAACCGUGUUGUACGCCAAGUGUCAGAGACUUUUGCACCAGCAGGAAGCCAUCUUGGAGUAAGAGAUCGGUGGGAGGCUUAUUGCGCCAAGAAUGGCAUUAAGUCUUUGAUUGGAAACUACAAGGACAAUCGCUUCAAUGCCUUGUUUCAGACAUCAGCUGAGGUGUUUUUGCAUAGGAAGGACUUUGUAAAUGUGCUGGACACUGUAACCAAUCCAAAUGGCAAGUUAGCUUCCGUGAAAAAAGAGCUACAAUCUGACAAUAUUGCAGCCAUUCUUCAGUGCCUAGGGCUAUUUUAUUUGAAAUUUACAGGCCCAUAUUGGAAUCUUGUGACCUCUGGGAAAGUCUCCUACCUACAACUAUGGAAACAUGUUAGUGAAAUUGUUUCAUUUCUGGAAACUUUGGAAUCCAACCCAGCCCAUUUGCUGCUGAACGACCAACAUUGGUCAUCACUUGACCCACUAGACAUCAGGCUUGUCCCAAACAAAAAACUUCUUUCAGAGUCCCUUUUUGAAGUUCAGGAAGAAUCACGAGAUACCUUACUGGGUGCUAUUCCAGUUGUUGCAGCUGCCAUGUUAAAAUGUGUGCGAAAACAAUUAGUAGACUUCUUACCCGAAGGGAAAUUCUAUAAUACUACCAAUGACAAAAAAACAAGCUUUGCGUCCGUCACAAACCUAGCAUGUGAGCGCCAGUUUGGUGGCCUUGAUGCCAGCCAAACUCGACGACCUGGAGCUUCAUUACACCACCAUAGCUCAGUUUUGAUGCUGAAAGAAAACAGAGAGCAACUGGUUAAAUGGUUGAAUGAUAUGAAAGAAGAUGAAAAAGAACAAUUGAUGUCUGAUGCUCGUUAUGGAGGGAAAAAGCUAAGGAAGGAUUACCAAGAGUACGAACGAGAAGUGUUAAACUCAAUUAGUGAGAAAAUGUCCCUGGACACAUCAAAGAAACAAAAGAAAGUGUUGAAAGGUGAAAAACGAAAAGUGACAGACUGUGCUAAAGGAAAGAAAAAGCAGAAAAUGUCCCACUCCCAAACAAAGACUAUAGAUCCCCCUAGGCCCUUAAAUAUCCUUCUAAAUGAGUAUGUGGCAGUAGCAUAUCAGGAUGACUGGUAUCCGGGAUGUGUACAGAAAGUCAUCAAUGAUUCCACAUUUGAAGUAAAUUUCAUGUCCCAUUGUGCCAAGAAAGGACACUUCCAAUGGCCAAGACGACAGGAUCAACAGAUUGUUGAAAAACAGUUCAUUUUGUGCUCUGGAUUUGUGCCGGAUUGUGUCAGCUCAGGCCGGCUGUGGUUUGUGAAGGAGCAUGAAUCAAUUAGUUCGUCUUAUGCUGAGUACGAAGAUAUGUACUUUUGAUUCUGUGAUAAUAAGGUGUAUAUAAUAAACACAAAACUAGGACUGUAUUUUGAAAGCAACAAGGAACUUUUUCUGUGUAAGAUGAACUUGUAAUUUCAUUUCAGAAUAUGAAUCACAGUUGACUUUAGCUCAAAUUUAUAAGAUGUUCAUUGUUUAUGUUAUUUAUAAUUGUUAUUUAAAUCUGAAUGUUAAAAUGUGAUUGUUACCAAGCUUAAAUCAUUUAAUUUUACCAUUGAAAUGUUGUUUUUUAAUAUGUAGACAAUGUUGCUUUAUGAAAUAUGGAUUUUGUAUGCAUAUAACAUGAUGUGAUGAAAUUUUGAUUAAAAUAUAAAAAUGA